AUGUGUAACGAUCGAACGUGUAAUGAAGUUUUUCGACGGAUCCUUCAAUUCUUCUUUUUCCUUUGCUUGAUCCAUGCAAUUCGUACAAAGUCCGCACAAAAGAUCGUUGAUUGUCAACGUUAUUUCAAGACGAAAGAUUGUGUUUAUUUUCCAUGCAUGGACACACAUUAUUUUUGUGGACGUGACAAUUAUUUAACGCGAUUUACUUACGAUUUCUGCUUGUUAUCGACGAAGAAGUACGUUGCACAAUUGAAUUUAAAUGGUCAACUAUAUUUCAAUUAUACAAAUCAAUGUGUGAUGAAAUUAGCCGACGAGAAAUUGACCGAACCGACAAUCUCCGCACGAUUUACAUGUGCAGAUUUACAAAAGCUGAUGUUUGAAAACCAUUUACAAUGCUUGCAAAACUAUCCGAACAAACCGAUCGACUUCUGUACGAUUAUAUGCGAUAAUUUACAAGUAAUUAUCAAUCUAUUUCUGCAUUUAAACCAGCAGAGCUCUGAUAUCAAUCGUUUACUAAUCCAAACGGGACGAAAGUGUGGUGCGACUAUUCAAGAAUCACCAAUAAUGACAAUUCCUUCGAUAUUAAUGUCGAUUUGUUUAGAUAGAAAAAAUGCACGUUUAAAAGGCGACAUAACGAACGUGAUGCUUAACCGAAGAUAUGAAGUUAAUGACUACGAAUGGAUAUCCGAUUAG